CCUAACCCAGAGUGGAAGAGUGAAAAAUGUUCUUAAAGCACCCCUUGACCCCUUAAUCCUUGGCCCUUAUCACAAAUUAUCUGAACUUAUCUAGGUACCUCAAUAAACCAGAGAGUAAACCUGUUCAAACUACUAAAAAAGCCUUGUUCACCAGAGGUCAAGAAGUUUAUAAGUAUAUUAUUAUUGCUUUGUUCUUUCCUGUUACCUCCUGCAGAUAUUGCAUCAUUUUUAAAAUGGAUUCUGAUGAAAAUAUACAUCGACUAGAAGGUAGUAUCUCCACCAAAGGGGGUUUGAUUAUUAAGAAAAAGCCAACCUCACCCUCAUUGGCUUCCUUUAAGGUACCUCAAACUUCUUUAUUAGGGCUGGACAAACUAGCAGUUCAAAAGCGGAAGGAAAAGGAAAUGGCCCGCAAAAUGUCAUUUGAUAUAGAGGAAAAGGAUUCUGAAAUUUCAGAUAAUGAUGAAAUAGUAUUAAAGAACAGUCCUGAUGAAAAAAGUGCAGAAACUCGUAAAUUCAGGAAUCCACAAGAAGAAACUCCUACUUAUACAGGAGGAAUCACAAAAGAAGCUAGAGAUCGCUUAAUUGAAAGACUGUCAUCUAACAGGUUGAAAGAAAAAGGUGUUUAUGCAACUACAAGAAAUAAGGAUCAUUAUGAUACACCUGAUAGACGCAAAUCCCAUAAAAGAAGGAGAAGUGACCAUCAUACUGAUAGACAUAGAAGGAAUGAAAGUGGAAGAGACUAUGAAAGAAGUGAGCACAGUGACUUGAGAAAAGACAAGACACCCAAAUUCAGGGAUGAACCAAAAACACCAAAUAUAUACACAAAAGACAGCACUUCAAAGAGUUCUUGGGAUGAAGAUGACCCUUCACCAUUAAAAAAAUCUGCCUGGGAUUAUCCAACACCAAAAGUGGAUAAACCAAGGAGUGAGUGGUCAGAAAGGAGUAACAGAUCCUCUUCAUCAAGUCAUAGAAAACAACAUGAGAGAUAUAAAAUCAAUGAUGAUACACCCAGACCUACUCCAGCUCACAAAUUCAAUGCUUGGAUGAGAGAUAGAAAGAAAACUGGUGCUACCCCCAGUACACGUGAAAAGGACUUGAAGUGGGAUGCUACUACUGACAGACAAAACUGGGAAGAGGAACAGAAGCGUCUUGACAGAGAAUGGUAUAACAUGGAUGAGGGAUAUGAUGAUGAAAACAACCCAUUUGCUGGGGUUAGUGAGGAAUAUACCAAGAAAAAAGAAGAACAGCUGGAACAGAGGAAGAAAAAACGGUUGUCUGCCCAGCAGAGGCAAAUUAAUAAGGAUAAUGAACUUUGGGAGAGGAAUAGAAUGUUGACAUCAGGUGUUGUUCAUUCAGUUGAUUAUAAUGAAGAUUUUGAUGAAGAAUCCAUAGACAGAGUUCAUCUCCUGGUCCACAACAUAGUUCCUCCAUUCUUGGAUGGUAGAAUUGUAUUCACCAAGCAACCUGAACCUGUUAUACCUGUAAGAGAUCCAACAUCUGACAUGGCAUUAGUUGCAAGAAAGGGGUCCCACCUUGUGAGGGUAUUUAGAGAACAAAAGGAAAGGAGGAAAGCACAGAAAAAACACUGGGAAUUGGGAGGGACUAAAAUAGGAAAUAUCAUGGGAAUAAAAAAGAAAGAAGAUGAGGAGGAUACUAAGUUCAAUAAGGAGGAUGAUACUGCUGAUUAUAAAAUGGAUCACAAGUUUGCUGAACAUAUGAAGGAAACAGGCGAGGCAAGCAGUGAGUUCGCCAGGAAAAAAUCCAUAACAGAACAAAGAAGGUAUUUACCUGCGUUUGCUGUUCGGCAGGAGCUUCUCAAUAUCAUACGAGAAAACUCUGUUGUCAUCAUCGUAGGUGAAACAGGUAGCGGUAAAACAACACAACUGACUCAGUACUUACACGAGGACGGAUACAGCAAGUAUGGUAUGAUUGGGUGUACACAACCUCGUAGGGUAGCAGCUAUGUCUGUUGCAAAACGAGUAAGUGAUGAAAUGGGAACGAAGUUAGGUGAUGAGGUGGGGUACGCCAUUCGGUUCGAAGACUGCACAUCCGAAAACACAGUCAUCAAAUAUAUGACAGACGGUAUCCUACUGAGAGAAAGCCUACGGGAAUCCGAUCUCGACCAUUACAGCGCCAUAAUAAUGGACGAAGCUCACGAACGUUCCCUCAGCACCGAUGUGCUUUUCGGAUUACUGAGAGAAAUUGUAGCUAGGCGACAUGAUCUGAAACUUAUCGUCACCUCAGCCACGAUGGACAGCAGCAAGUUUUCAAUGUUCUUCGGUAACGUCCCUACUUUCAACAUCCCCGGUAGAACGUUUCCCGUAGAAACUCUGUUCAGCAAGAACACCGUCGAGGACUAUGUAGACGCAGCUGUGAAACAAGCCCUGCAAAUUCAUCUGCAACCGCCUUCCGGAGACAUCCUGAUAUUCAUGCCUGGUCAGGAAGACAUCGAGGUGUCCUGUGAGGUGCUGGCUGAAAGACUAACGGAAAUAGAUAAUGCUCCUGAGCUUUCUAUUCUGCCCAUUUAUUCUCAGCUGCCCUCAGAUUUGCAAGCGAAAAUUUUUCAGAAAGCGCCAGAGGGUAUCAGGAAGUGUGUGGUUGCGACAAAUAUUGCAGAAACAUCUCUUACUGUUGAUGGUAUAAUAUUUGUGAUUGAUUCUGGGUAUUGCAAAUUGAAGGUGUAUAAUCCUAGAAUUGGUAUGGAUGCUCUUCAGAUAUAUCCAAUAAGUCAGGCAAAUGCCAAUCAGAGAUCAGGUAGGGCAGGUCGUACAGGACCUGGCCAAGCCUUUAGAUUGUACACGGAGAGACAGUACAAAGAGGAGUUGUUGAUAACUACAGUUCCAGAAAUUCAAAGAACGAAUUUGGCGAAUACUGUUCUGCUGCUGAAGUCCCUAGGGGUACAAGAUUUGUUGCAGUUUCACUUCAUGGAUCCGCCCCCACAAGACAACAUUCUCAAUUCACUUUAUCAGCUGUGGAUUUUGGGUGCGCUUGAUCAUACAGGAGUUUUGACAAAACUAGGUAGACAAAUGGCCGAAUUCCCUCUGGACCCUCCCCAAUGUCAAAUGCUGAUAGUGUCGUCACAGAUGGGCUGCACCGCCGAAAUCCUCAUCAUCGUCUCCAUGUUGUCAGUCCCCUCGAUUUUCUAUCGUCCAAAGGGCCGAGAAGAAGAGGCCGACGGUGUCAGAGAAAAGUUUCAGGUGCCUGAGAGCGACCACCUGACGUUCCUUAACGUCUACAACCAAUGGAAGCAGAACAACUACUCGUCCCAUUGGUGCAACGAGCACUUCAUCCACAUCAAGGCGAUGCGGAAGGUGAGGGAGGUGAGGCAGCAACUGAAGGACAUUGUGGUGCAACAGAAGCUCGAGAUCAGGUCGUGCGGCACCGACUGGGACGUCGUCAGGAAGUGCAUUUGCUCGGCUUAUUUCCACCAAGCGGCAAGACUCAAAGGUAUUGGCGAGUACGUGAACUGUAGGACCGGCAUGCCGUGCCACCUGCACCCCACCUCGGCCCUCUUCGGCCUCGGCAACACUCCCGACUACGUCGUCUACCACGAGCUCGUGAUGACCGCCAGAGAGUACAUGCAGUGUGUCACGUCCGUGGACGGCCAUUGGCUGGCCGAGUUGGGUCCCAUGUUCUUCUCGCUCAAGGAGACCGGAAAAUCCGGCAGGGCCAAGAAGAAGCAGGCGGCGGAACAUCUGUUAGAGAUGGAGAACCAGAUGCAGGUGGCGCAGGAGGAGAUGAAAGCGAGGAAGGAGGCUGCCGAGAAAAAGGAGGCGGCUCUGAACAAGGGGCAGGAGAUCGUGAGUGCAGGGACCACUCCGAGGCGAACGCCUUCUAGGUUUGGACUGUGAUCAGGGUGAUCUUCUUGUUGGGAUGAGCGUUUAGGGUUCUAUUAGGUUUUAGCAAACCAAUCAAUACCAUUUGGCUCGCUAAAAUCUACAUGUAUUGGACUCUAGACCCUAGUCAUGUUGGGCUAGUGAAUUAAUUGUUAAUGCUUCGUCAUUGUUGAAUAAAAAUCAACAGAAUAUC